AUGUGUAAUUGGAUGAAUCAACCAGAAGAAAAUACUUUCACUUUCCAUAUGUCCAACAUUCGGCUAUUAAUGUGCACUCAAAACCUGCGUCAGACUCAGAACUCUGAGAGGGACAGGGAGAGUCAGAGGCUGCCAGAAGUUGCAGAGAGAAACAGCCAGACCAGCAACACCUCCAGGCUGAGAAAACUGCCCAGCAGAAGUCAAGGUAGUGAAAACUAUUCUGGUGGAAUUAAGCAGAGGUGGGGAUCCCUCCUGCAGGAGGAAAUGGAGGGUAGGGGUGGGGUGGGAAAAUAUUUUGCAAAUGCCACAAUGCUCCUUCCACAUCUGGUUUUGUAGGGGCGGUUGGUGGUUGGAGUCAAAGUCUUCCCUCCUGGGUGAUGCCCUAAAAGGAAGGGGAAAGGGGGGGCACAGUACAUGCCAAAGAUUCACCCCUUUCUCUUUUUAUAUAAUUUUUAUUAAAUUUUCUGUGUUACAAUUUAAAAUACUCAUUUUACAUCCUUAAAAUAGCAAUGACUUCCCUUCUUCUCUUUCCAUGGUUCAUUUUACAUCUCAUAAAUCCCUGCAUAUUUUACAAAAGCUAAACAAUUCAGUAUUCCAUUAUUGCAUCUAUCCAGACUUAUUUACACUGCUGAAUUUAUCUUAAUGCUGCCAGUGUUUUCAGCUGUGCACAAUUAUUUUCCAUAUAUUCAAUAAACAUUUUCCAAUCUUCUUUAAACACAUUUUCUUCUUGUUCUCUUAUUCUAUAUCUUGAGUCUGCAAGCUGUGCAUAUUCAGUCAACUUCAGUUGCCGUUCUUCUUUGGUUGGGACCUCGCUCGUUUUCCAUUUUGGGGCUAACGAAACACGGGCCGCAGUAGUGGCACACAUAAACAACCUUUUCUGACACCUGGGAAUUUCAGUCUGAAUUAUCCCCAACAGAAAGGACUCGUCUUUUGUUUCCCAGUCUAAUAACAGAUUAUACAUUUUAAACAAAAGUUUCUCUUUGUUUCAUAGAAGUUCUUUUUUGAAUUGUGAGCUUUGGUCCGAAAAACCAUUCUUUCUAUCUAUCUUAAACAUUUCAUGUGACAGAUGGUAUUGCAACCAAUCCGUAAUAUGGCUCCUUACAUUUUCCAUUGAUUUCAGUUUAGCUUCUGCCCCUGUAAAAUACAGCAAUUCCCUGUAAGUCACCCACUGUCUAUCCAUAUUAACUCUCUUAAUUGUAAUAGCCUUGAUAGGAGAUAGCCAUAAAGGUGUUUUCCUUUCCAGCAGAUUUUUAUAUUUCUCCCAAACUCUAUACAGAUACUUCCUAAGGAUAUGGUCCAUAAAACUUUUAUAAAUUUUCACCUUCCCAUACCAAAGACAUGCAUGCCAGCCAAAUUGUAAGUCAUAAGUCCAGGAUGUACAAAAAGGAUUCACCCCUUUUUGGAGGCGUGUGAAGGAGAGGUCAGGUGGUAGAAGUUUCCACAAACGCCCCACCUCCAAAAGGGCACAGCCAGCGGUUAGGUCCUUUCUCCUUCUUCCUGCGAGAUGCAAUGCUGCCCCCCGAUUCCCAGACCGUUAAGAAACCUACAAGGAAGGAAAUUGCACCACCUUCUGAGGGAGUCUGUUCCACCAAACAGUUCUUGCCUUCAGAAAGUUCCUCUCAGGCUUAGUCAGAAUCUCCUUUUUUGUAAAUCAAAUCCACUGGUUCGGGUCCUGCCCUCCGGAGAAAUAGAAAACAAGCUUGCUCCCUCUUUGGUGUGACAGUAAAGUACAGGUGUGGGGUUCUGGCUGCAAACCUGUAAGGUUGUGAGUCCUCUGGCUCUGAUUUGUGGGCUCCUCCUCUGUUCAUUGUUCUGCUGUUGUAAAAUAGCACAAUUAAGAAAUGCUGAAAAUCAGCCUGCCAAAUUUACUGUUUAGGGAAGCUUUUAAUGUUUGUUGUAUUACAGUAUUUUAAUAUUUUUUUGGAAGCCGCCCAGAGUGGUUGGGGAAGUCCAGCCAGAUGGGCGGGGUAUAAAUAAAUUAUUAUUAUUAUUAUUAUUAUUAUUAUUAUUAUUAUUAUUAUUACUGACCCCACAGUAAAAGUGACUAGAUUGGGUUGACUGAUUUGAUCUUCUUGUGAAACGGACUAGAAUGUAGAAGGGGCGUUCUCAGGUGAAAUCAUUCAGUUUAGUUUGAUAUAUAACCCUGUUUACCCAGAACUGAGUUUAUCUUCUCUUAUUCCCUUAUGGAAGUCCUUUGUAGGUUCUCCAUCGGUCAGAGAAAAUAACAGAGGCCAACCAGAGAAUACUGAGAAGCAAAGCAGCUCCUAAGCCUGAUCUUUAUUGAACUGUUGCAACAGGGUGCUCCCCUCUCACGCAGAAAAGGAGGAGGAACACAGAACAAAGGUGUGCUUGCCCUUAUGUAUAGACAUUUUAAAUUCCCUGCCCUGGAGCUCAAGACCACCCCUCCAUACAUCAUACCUACACCAAAGAAAAGGUGUUCUACAACAGAAAUUUGAACGUUGUUGUUUUUCCUGUCUGCCAGGUUAACUGAUAAUGCCUUAUCUGAUUGCCUUUUCUGGUAGUCUGGCCAUUCCUUUGAGAUGGUAAUCACUUAAUUCCUGAGACAAUGGGAAGGUUCCCUCACCCCCUCCCUCCUUGCAGAGAAACAUGUGGUCAGUUUGGGAGUCAAAAUGGUUUCAGGACUGUGCUGCUCCAGACAUGUGGUUUAUAUUUUUAUGUACGUGUUUGCUUGGUACAUUUAUGAACAUUAUAUAUAUAUAUAUAUAUAUAUAUAUAUAUAUAUAUAUAUUAUUACACUGCAAACGUUCUUGCCUUGUACAACAAGUAGGAAUGGGAGGACCUCUAAGUUUUGGUUCUUCCACUUUCUAUGGUUCCCUUUUGGACUUAGACCCUUCACAAGGAGUUCAUUUUUUCCCACUGGAGCCAAGGUAGAGGGCCAGCAACCUUUAUCUCAUUGAAUGUUGCUUCCUUAGCUACCAGUCUUAGGUAUCAGAGAGGACCGAUUUACGUAUUCCCCAAACUUUGUUUUUGGCUAAGGACUCCAGUAGCAGGAAAGUCCCUGGAGAGAACUGAGUUUCCAACACUGAGAGUCCCUCAGGAGUUCUGCAAAUGACUUUUGGUGUUUUUAAUGCAGGAUUUCUGGACUGCUGUGAACCUUGA